UGGAAGAAUCUCACCCUCCCCACCACCGUUUGUCCAGUACCAUUGAGGCAUCUAAUCUAGGUGCUUCAAUCUUAGUCAUGAGCUCGAAAGACAAUGAUGGUAUAUGGAGGCCAGUCGCUUCUUUUGACAAGAACGAAAUCCAAUGGCCUCUAUCAUUCUCUCUACAAUCUCCUUUGGAGGGUGCGCCGCGGCGCAAAUGGUGGGAACACACUUACUACCGCGGUCCCGAAAACCAAUCCGUCCAAAUAUUGUACAGCACCGACGCAUCUAAUUCCGAACUCAUCGCACAGCAGUUUCUUAACGAGCCUGUGUUAGGUUUUGAUAUGGAAUGGCCUUGGGAUAACAUCAGAAAGGUUGAAGGAAAGGUCGCACUGAUCCAGAUUGCUUGUAAAGACAAGAUCGCCCUGUUUCACAUCGCGCUUCACAAUGGCAAGACAACCGAAGAACUUAUCGUACCCUCCCUACGCCGCAUCAUCGAGUCGGCGCAUAUCAUGAAGACGGGCGUUGCCAUAAUGAGCGGAGAUUUUCGAAAACUAACGGGAGAAUUUCCGCUGCAACCCCGAGGCGUCUUUGAACUCAGCCAUUUGUACAAUCUGGUCACCUUCGGAUCGCGCAAUCUUAGGGAGGUCAAUACUAGACUACGUAAGCUGUCGUUAAUAGCUGAGGACCAUCUCGGACUUCCGCUUGAUAAAGGACCUAUUCGCACUAGCAACUGGAACCUACCUUUAGAUGACAAACAGAAGACAUAUGCCGCCAACGACGCCUACGCUAGUUACAUGCUGUUCCACUGCAUGAACGCGAAGCGUCUAACAAUGAGCCCCAAGCUACCGCUGCCAAAACUCGCCGAAUCCUAUCUGCCUUUCAGAAUAGCGGACAUAGUCCUUACGCAGCUUGAGGUGGAAGCAGAUGGAGGUAAGGUGAAGGUUUUAACUGCCAUGGAUUUCUUCGUUCCUCCUCAACCUCGAGAUGACCAGUCCUCGAGAAGAGCCAAUGAGGGAAACAAUUCUACAGAAUCCCUCACUCGACAGAGAAUACAGCAAAAACUCGAUCAACUCCGUAGAGGGCACUCCUACAGACGGGAAAAGGCGAAGAUAAUAUCACCUGACGAAUUAUACCAGCGGCUCGCAAAGCAUCGUGAUACCGUGGCAGCUACUCAAGGCUGUCAUCCACAUACGAUAGCACCCGACACGGUCUUGGAAGUUCUAGCUCGAGAACGUCCUAACAGCUUUCUUCAGAUUGUACGUAUCAAGGGCUUGGACAAGUCGAACGGAAUUAAAUACGGGAAUGAUUGGCUUAGAAUCAUUCAGGGUUCUGCAAAAGAACAUCAUUCGAAGCAUUUGAAACCAUCGGUCUCAGGAAUACCCGCAAAUUCACACCCUAAGGAUAUGUUCCAGCAACUGCAGCCACACCCGAGUGACCAACCAUCCAAGCGCAUGAGAACCACAGAGGCAAACAAUUCGGAGGAGCUGGUCCCAUCCGUGCCUACGGCUAGUACCGGAUUGUCUUUCCAAUUCAACGAGACUCGGCUUGAUGAAGUACCUGUAGAGAAGGAUGAUGGUGUCCAUCACAAUGAGUCUCACGAACCAGCACUGGGAUCACCGUCACCAUUGAAACGCAAGCGAACUGAAUGCACCGUCCCCUCUGCACUAGAACUUACAUCAGUUCCGAACCCCUCCGAGGUUCCCGCUCCCGCAUCCGUGGAUGAAGCGGCACAACCAGAGUCGCUAAGCUUUAAACAAAAAUUGUUACGGAGAAAAUUAGACGCUUAUGUCAAGAGUGUUGUCUGCUCGAUGAGCCCCAAGCCUACUCAGCCAAUAGUGUCUGAAGCUACCCUUCACUGUCUUGUGACGACGCUACCUCGAACACUUGACGAAUUCCACGAAGUCCCCGGUAUCGAGGGGUUCUUCCAGGCUUGCCAAGGGGUCAAGAAGGAUCUGUGGUUAACGUUCUCAACAUGGACACGGACCUCGGGCCUCGUGCCAAGUUCAUGACCAGGGUGGAAGUUGCCAACUACCACCCAGUAAUCAUGUCGCUAUAAUUCAAACAGGUGUUGAAGAGCGGCAUAAGCUAGAUGUCUUAGGAAAGGCUCGCGUUUAUGGAAUU